UCAGGCUUCAGCGCACGUACGACAGCCAUUUUAGAUCUUCUUUCUCUUUUUAAGUUGGUCCGUAGAGCUCUAUGCACGUGUGUUUUUCAAAGUUAAUCUAUCACCAUGGGUAGAGUAAGGACAAAGACAGUUAAGAAGGCUGCUCGAGUCAUCAUCGAGAAAUACUAUACCAAGUUGACCUUGGACUUCCACACCAAUAAAAGGGUCUGCAGUGAAAUUGCCAUCAUCCCCUCUAAGCCCUUGAAGAAUAAAAUCGCCGGCUUCGUCACGCAUUUGAUGAAGCGAUUGAGGCACUCACAGGUUAGGGGAAUCUCAAUUAAGUUGCAAGAAGAAGAAAGAGAAAGAAGGGACAACUACGUCCCAGAGAUCUCUGCCUUGGAAACAGACAUCAUCGAAGUUGAUGCUGAUACCAAGGAGAUGAUGAAGAUGUUGGAGUUCGGCCACAUUGGAGCUCUGCAAGUGUCACAGCCUGCUGCACAUGGCUUCAGACGUGCUUGAAUUCAAGCUUAAAGCUUUUUAAUGUAAAUAUAAUGUUACAAUAAAAUAUAACAUUGAAAAAGCUA